AUGUCACAUACUGUGCAGCAACCCAAAUCUACGAACACAGUGUUUCUGGACCAACCGCCCAGUUGUCUGGAAUUCUGUCCGGAAAUUCCAAACCACUUCGUUGUGGGCACCUAUCUCUUGUCCGAGACAAAGAGCGAAGGCGAAAUCCAACAAACCAAAACUGGAAGCGUGCAGCUCUGGAAACUGGAUCCUGCCACAAGUGAAUUAUCCCUGGUGCAACAAGUGCCACUUCCCUACGCCGUCUUUGAUCUUCACUUCCACCCAAGGAAUCGAAGCCAAUUCGCCAUUGCAAGUAGCACAGGAUGUAUCGCCUUGUUUAAUGUGAAUCCUGACUCGGGUAAUGAUACAUCAAGUCAACCAAAUAUCGAAAAAAUAUGGACAAAGCAAGUCCAUGAUGACCCUUCAGUCCCAGCGCUUUUUCUCGCAUGGACUCCGGAGAACUGGUUUUCCAACCCUGCUGCGGAUGGAUUCGCCGUGACCUUCUCAGAUAGCCGGACAUCAGUCUUUGGGACCGUUAAGGAUAUCACUGAAGAAGAUGGUCUUGACGAAUGGGGCUCGUUCGAAGCGAAGCAGAUGAUUGAGGUUUGGUUCGUUGCGCUCGCAGCAAUGACCCCGUCUUCUGGAGAAAACGAGGGAAAAGAAAACAAGCUUCCUUUCAUGUACACGGGUAAUGAUUUUGGCUCGCUGCAUACACGCAGAUUCGUCAGUCACGCCGAGAAAGAAGUCGAUGAGACGGAACCGCUUGCUCCAUUGCUUCUCGAGCACGAUGAUCGGGCCCGCCAUCACACUGCAGGUGUCACUGCCAUUAUGCCACUACCAGUUCCACUGGUCGACGAUGCUCCCAUUCUUCUGACUGGAAGCUAUGAUGAGAGUUUGCGAGUGUAUCAUGCGACGCGACGAGGGGAGGUUCUCGCGGAGGAAGGCCUGGGCGGUGGUGUUUGGCGACUGCAGCUUCUUAAUACAACAAUUGUUCCUGGAGUGAAGGGUAGCCAAGAGCAGCAAUUCCUAGUUUUAGCAAGUUGCAUGCAUGCUGGGACAAGGGUUGUGCGGGUAACUCUGAAGCAAGAGGAUCAAAGCUCCGAGUGGAGUAUUCAGGUACUGGCAGAGUUUACGGAGCAUGAGAGCAUGAAUUAUGCUAGCGAUGUAUGGAGGGGGUCAGAGGUGCCGAGCGAGUCGCAAGCCUCAUCUGAAGUGCUUUGCGUCUCCAGCAGUUUCUACGAUCGUCGUGUUUGUGUAUGGAGGGCCAUGGUGUAA